GUUACUACUACGAAGAAGAAGAGAAGCAAAGCAGAGGUUUUUGAAAAUGGAGAAAAAACAAGGCUUUUUCUCUGCUCUCAGAGACGAAGUUGUGAGAGGUCUUUCGCCGUCACGAUCCAGAGCAAGGUCUCGUUCCGUUAGUCCCGCUCGUUCUAAUUCACCCAUGUCAGCUCUCACUUGGGGGAGAAAGAACUUAACCGGAGGAGCUGGAGGAGGCGGAGGAGCCGGCGGAGGAUACUAUUUGGCGCAACCGGAGCAGUUAAUCGGGAGAUCCGGAAGUUUGAGACCUGUAAUGGAAGGUCCUGAUCCAGAUGAAGGAGGAGGAGGUGGUACUAUAGGAGAAUCUAAACGACUCGGGUCGGGUUUAGGUCACUGGGUUAAAGGACAGCUGUCUCGUGCUCCGUCUGUUGCUGCGACGGCGGCUUACCGGAGAAAUGAUCUGAGACUUCUUCUUGGAGUAAUGGGAGCUCCUCUUGCUCCUAUUCAUGUCUCUUCCUCUGAUCCUUUGCCUCAUCUUAGUAUCAAAAACACUCCAAUCGAAACAUCAUCUGCUCAGUAUAUUCUUCAACAGUUCACUGCAGCUUCCGGUGGUCAGAAGCUACAAAACUCCAUUAAAAACGCUUAUGCGAUGGGGAAGCUCAAGAUGAUUACUUCUGAGCUUGAAACCGCUACAAGAACUGUUAGGAAUCGAAACCCAUCUAAGGCUGAGACUGGAGGUUUUGUUCUUUGGCAGAUGAAUCCAGACAUGUGGUAUGUUGAGCUUGCUGUUGGUGGGAGUAAGGUUCGUGCUGGCUGUAACGGCAAGCUUGUAUGGCGACACACUCCUUGGCUCGGAUCUCAUACUGCUAAAGGACCCGUCAGGCCUCUUCGCCGUGGACUUCAGGGACUAGAUCCGAGAACAACUGCUGCAAUGUUUGCGGAAGCGAAGUGUAUAGGAGAGAAGAAGGUGAAUGGUGAAGAUUGCUUCAUUUUGAAGCUAUGCACUGACCCGGAAACACUAAAGGCGAGGAGCGAAGGACCGGCUGAGAUCAUAAGGCACGUCCUCUUUGGCUACUUCAGUCAGAAAACUGGACUCUUGGUUCACAUUGAGGAUUCACAUUUGACCCGGAUCCAAUCCAACGGUGGAGAGACUGUUUUCUGGGAGACCACAUACAACUCGUCCCUAGACGAUUACCGUCAGGUCGAAGGGAUAAUGAUUGCUCACUCGGGACAUUCAGUUGUGACACUUUUCCGAUUUGGGGAAGUGGCGAUGAGCCACACGAGGACAAAGAUGGAAGAAAGCUGGACGAUUGAGGAAGUUGCGUUUAACGUUCCUGGUCUAUCUCUCGAUUGCUUUAUACCGCCAGCUGAUCUAAAGUCCGGUUCUUUAACCGAUUCCUGCGAGUACCCACAAGAGGAAAGAGGGAAGAACAACACGCUCGCAUUGUCUGCAGCUCACAGGGCCAAAGUUGCAGCCUUGGAGAACGGUAGCUUUGAAGAUCACCGCCCGGUUUGGCAUACUGAUGUCUAACGCUUAAAGAGAGCUUAUGACUACAACAAACAACCCUCGAAGGUAGCAUUAGCCGAUGAUGAUUCUCAGAGAUCAGAUGCAAUGUGUUCAUAUGCCGGUAACUCAAGCUAACCCCUUUUAGCAGCUUUAUCGAUUAGGAAUCAGGUUUGUUAGCUUAACCGAUGAUUCACCGGUUCAAACAGAACCCAAAUGAAUCAUCCUUUUUACU